UCCCCGCGAGUUUCUUGGCUCGGCGCAUCACUUCCCGCCGCUGCCAUACUCCGGUGCCCGGUGCCGGGCUGCGGCUCGGCGGGGCCGGCGCCCAUGGCGGGUGCGCCCGGAGGGGACAGCCCGGGCUCCGCCGCCCGCCGGCUCUACUCGAGAAUGGAGGCAUCCUGCCUGGAGCUGGCCCUGGAAGGAGAGCGUCUGUGUAAGGCAGGAGACUUCAAAGCUGGGGCAGCCUUCUUCGAAGCAGCGGUGCAGGUGGGGACAGAGGACCUGAAGACUCUCAGUGCCAUCUACAGUCAGCUGGGCAAUGCCUAUUUCUACCUAAAGGAGUACUCCAAGGCCCUGGAGUACCACAAGCAUGACCUCACACUGGCCAGGACCAUUGGGGACCGCAUUGGAGAAGCCAAGGCAAGUGGCAACCUCGGGAAUACAUUGAAAAUACUGGGGCAGUUUGAUGAAGCUGUCGUUUGUUGCCAGAGACACUUGGACAUUUCUCAGGAGCAGGGAGACAAGGUAGGUGAAGCCAGAGCACUCUAUAACAUAGGAAAUGUUUACCAUGCGAAGGGGAAGCAUUUAUCUUGGAACAUGGCCCAAGACCCGGGCUACCUGCCUCAAGAAGUCAAGGAGACGCUACAGAAAGCUUCAGAAUACUAUGAGAGGAACCUGUCCCUGGUGAAGGAGCUGGGGGACAGAGCUGCGCAGGGCCGUGCUUAUGGCAACCUUGGCAACACCCAGUACCUGCUUGGCAACUUCAGCGAAGCCAUCGCCUUCCACAAGGAGCGCCUGGCUAUUGCUAAGGAGUUUGGGGACAAAGCAGCAGAGCGGAGAGCGUACAGCAACCUGGGCAAUGCACACAUCUUCCUUGGGAGAUUCGACAUCUCUGCUGAAUACUACAAGAAAACGCUGCAGCUCUCCAGACAACUCAAAGACCAAGCGGUAGAAGCCCAGGCUUGCUACAGUCUCGGAAACACAUAUACGUUGCUUCAAGACUAUGAAAAAGCCAUUGAGUACCAUCUGAAACACCUGGUGAUAGCACAGGAGCUGGGAGACAGGGUGGGAGAGGGAAGGGCCUGCUGGAGUCUCGGAAAUGCCUACGUCUCCCUGGGGAGCCAUGAACAAGCUUUGCACUUUGCAAGGAAGCAUCUCGAAAUCUCUCAAGAGAUUGGGGACCGGACCGGUGAGCUGACGGCACAGGUGAACAUGGCUCAGCUCAGGGCAGCCCUCGGCUUGGGCCCUGGUGAUGAGGACGUGGGCAUGGCUCGUCCUUACUCUGGCUACGAGGCGCAAGGAGCCAGGCCAAAGAGACUCCAAAGAAACAGCAUGGACAGCUUAGACCUCCUGAAGUUCCCUUCUGAAAAGGACCAGAAUGGGGACAGCCAUCACGUGGGAGACCUGAAGAUCUCGGGAAAAGAGUUCUUGUCUUUACCUGCGAGGUCGAAGAAAUACCGGGAGCACCAACUGGGUUCGGAGAGGAGGCCCCAAGGGCCGUGCACAUCACCCCUGGAUAGCAGCCAAGUCCGAGUGCAAGUGCCACAGUCGAAGAUCAACCGGACCCCUUCGGAUGAGGAAUGCUUCUUUGACCUGCUGAGCAAGUUCCAGAGCAACCGGAUGGACGAUCAGCGCUGCCCGCUGGAGGAAUGCCCCUCGGAGGCUGCGGAGGCAGCGGCCACACCGGUCCCAGCCCUGGAAGAACGGAUAGUUGUUGGCCGCGGCGGUGAUAGGUUUGCGUAAGGACGGAGAAGGCAGCAGGAUGGAUAAACAGGAGGAAGCGCCCGGCACGCAGACAGAGAGAUUCACUCAUAGCAAGAAGGCGGAUAAAUGGAGGAAACUAUCUGACAAAUAGAUGGGAUGGGAUGGGAAAGGCAGCCAGGGCUGUUUGCGCCCUGGGUUUGUGUCUUUUUUUCUGACAGCGUGUUGAGGUGUGUUCAUUAAACCAAACCGGAGCGAAGCGCUGGGGCAGGGCCCGCUGUGUGCGCAGAGUGAGCGGUUUCUUCUGUGCUGAAAAUAAGGUGGGAAUGAACGUCGCUUUUUCAAGAUGUGUUUCUGAUGCAGAAGUGCAUUUUGGCUGGAACAGCUGUGUCAUUUAAGAGCGAGUUUGAGUAGGAAGCUUUAUCAAGAGUGGACAAGUAGGCAUACCUUCUGAUCAUCCAUCACUUGGUCUCCGAGCUUCUUGGAUGUGUUAGGUUUGAAGUUGCUUUGUGAGCUGAAGGGGAAGGAGACACAUCCUGGUGUCAGCGCUGAGGUUACUGUGUGCUCCUACAACUGCAGGAGCCGGGGCUGUUGGAGCAGCAGUGUUGGGAGCCAGGGGCACCCUCGACUGCUUUGUGCUCCCUGAGGCGGUGAUGCCGACCGGGCUGGAUUUCUUACAGCUUCGUUUGCUUGUUCUCAUUCCAAGAGCAGUGUCUGAGCCCAUGUGCUGCCCAGGAGGCGUUGUCCUGGCUGGGGGCAUCGCUCUGCUGAGGGGCUUAGCCAGGCUUUGUGCAUUACCUGCCCAUAAUUACACCUGGCCCUUGGGACUGUGUGCAGCGCCCCAUAAGGAACCACAGCAGUGCACAGGAACUGUAUGGUCACCUGCAACUGGUGUCUGCACCAGGGUGGAAACCAAGGCACCAGCAGCGUCCUGCCAAAGUCUUUGGCUUCCCCUUCAUGCCAGGCAAUGCAACAGAUGCAGCCCGUGGGUUUUUUUGGGAGGUGGCUGCCGUGUACUUGCAGGCAGGGCUGUGCCACAGCACUGGCAUCCAGAGAAGGGUGGGAGUGGUUGCACGAUUGGGUCGUGGGCUUUGCUCCCUGCCACACUUGCUGCUUUGAUGGUAGGUUUUUGCUUGCUUGUGUCGUUGGCAGUGGGAUUGUCCCUGCUUACCACGCAGGGUGGGAGGGAAUGGUGCUGGUCACAGACGCUGGCGUCCUACCCAGCUCAGGCCUGGGAGGCCUCUCAAACAGGAGCGUAAGGCUGUUGGUUGAACAGCAUUUUGGUGAGAAGUGGGGCUCUGCGGUGAGCAGAGACGUGACCCUGGUGUGCUCCUCUCCC